UCAUCAGUAAAGCUUCAUUUUCCUCUCUAAAUGUUACCUUGCCUACAUUUGUCGUCUUCAAGCAUUGAUGACUUUAUGUUAAAAACGUUAGUUAGUAUGUAAUAUUUCAUUAUUCCUGUUUGUUUUACUUUCUCUUUUAUUGUGAAGGCAGUGACGCCUACUUCCGCCCUGCCUCACCUGGCUGCAGGUGGCUUGACUCGGCAGCUGUGUGUCUUCCUGGUUCUGCGGGACUGGACGCGUUUUUUCUGGGUAUUUUAAACACAAUAAAGAGAUUCACUCAACUUUGUCUCUAAAGUGUUUUUAAACUCAAAGUUUCUUUAAAGACUUUAAAGUCUUGAAUCCGACUUUGACCGGAAACAAGCAGCUUUUUUCUGUCGAACAUGAGACAAGAAGUCACUUUCUUUACCGUUUUCAUCGUUUUAACGGAAGCCGCCGUUUCUCCGCCCGCAGAUGCAGAAGAGGAGCAUUUCACGUCUCUCAGGUCGAUGCUGGACGACUUCGACGUGCUGCCCCUCUCCAGCCUGCAGGCUCACUCCGUCCGCCGCCGCGACGUCCAGACUCAGACUCACGUGGAGAAACUGCUCAGCUUCGACGCCCUGCAGAGGCAGUUCAGACUGUACCUGAGGACCAACGACCAGCUGUUCACGGACGACUUCAGAGCCGUCGUCGUGGACGAGGACGGCCGAGAGCGAAGCUACGCGGUCAACAGACACAACUACUUCACCGGACACGUCAUCGGGGAGGAAAACUCUCGCGUUCAGGCUCACAUAGACGACCACGAGUUCUCGGCUCACAUCCUGACGGACGAGGCCGAGUACAACAUCGAGCCUCUGUGGAGGUUCACGUCGGCGCCCCCUGACGGCCGCCUGCUGAUCUACCGCUCAGAGGACAUCAGGAACCUCAGCCGACUGCACCAGCCUUCAGUCUGCGGCUACGUGACCUCUGACACGGGCCACCUCUUCCCCGACGGCGUUAAGGCGGCCAUGUUGGAGGACCAAGAGGAAGAAGAGUCUGUGUUCAGAGGGAAGCGUCAGGUCCACGAUCACCUGAAGAACACCUGUCCUCUGCUGCUGGUGGCCGACCAUCGCUUCUUCAAACACAUGGGCCGAGAGGAGGAGAGCACCACCCUCAACUACCUGAUCGAGCUGAUUGAUCGCGUGGACGACAUCUACAGAAACACGUCGUGGGACGAUGAGUUCAUAGGUUACGGAGUUCAGAUCCAACAGAUCAUCAUAGAGAAGAGCCCGACCCCUGUAGCUCCGGGAAAAAGCCACUUCAACAUGAGAGGAAGUCCAGUGGAGGGUCGAGAUGUCUGGGACGUCAAGAAGCUGCUGGAGCAGUUCAGCGUCGACAUCGCGGAGAAGGCGUCCAACGUCUGCCUGGCUCACCUCUUCACCUAUCAGGACUUCGAUGAAGGCACUCUGGGUCUGGCCUACGUCGCCCCGUCCAAACCGGACUUUGCCGGCGGCCUCUGCUCCAAAGCCUGUCCGUCGUCUUCUAACGAACAAAGAGCGAUCUACCUCAACACGGGCCUGACCAGCACUAAGAACUAUGGGAAGACCAUCCUGACUAAGGAAGCCGACCUGGUGACGACUCACGAGCUCGGCCAUAACUUCGGAGCGGAGCACGACCCCGACAACAUCCCGUACUGCGCCCCCCGAGAGGACCACGGAGGGAAAUACGUCAUGUACCCCAUCGCUGUGAGCGGAGACCACGUCAACAACAAGAUGUUCUCCAACUGCAGCAAACGCUCCAUCGUGAAGCGUCUGAGGUCCAAGGCCCCGUCCUGCUUCAAGGAGAGGAACGUUAACGUGUGCGGUAACUCUCGGGUGGAGCAGGGGGAGGAGUGCGACCCGGGCCUGCUGCACAUCAACUCGGACCGCUGCUGCACCACCGAGUGCAGGCUGAGAGCCGGCGCUCAGUGCAGUGACAGGAACAGCGCGUGCUGUAAAAACUGCAGGUUCGAGUCUGAAGGGGAAGUCUGCCAGGAGCCCAUCGACGCCACCUGCAAAGGACACUCGUACUGCACAGGAAACAGCAGCGAGUGCCCGCCUCCAGAGAACGCUCCGGAUGAAACCGUGUGUCUGGACAGCGGCGAGUGUCUGAACGGAGAGUGCGUCCCUUUCUGCCAGGCCGUCCUGAAGCUGCAGCCCUGCGCCUGCAACGAAACCAACUCGUCGUGUAAAGUCUGCUGUCGGAGCGGCGGCGGCGUCUGCGCUCCCUACCAGGACCCAACGGGCAACUUCCUGUUCCUGCGUAAAGGCAAACCGUGCACCGUGGGCUUCUGCGACGGAGCGGGGAAGUGCAUGAAGCAGGUCCAGGACGUGGUGGAGCGUCUGUGGGACUUCAUCGACAAACUGGACAUCAACACGUUCGGGAAGUUUCUGGCUGAUAACAUCGUGGGUUCGGUGGUGGCCUUCUCUCUGCUGUUCUGGAUCCCUUUCAGCAUCCUGGUCCACUGUGUGGACAAGAAGCUGGAUCGACAAUAUGAACAGACCACCAAGUCCCUGUUGUUCCCCAGUAAUGCCGAGCUCCUGAGCAGCCUGGAGUCUGCGUCUGUUCGGAUCUUCAAACCUCCAACUUUCCCCACCGCCGCCGCCGCCGGGCUGCGCUUCCAGCCGUCCGGCCCCCAACAGGCCAGCACCCCUCCGGACCCGGUCCCCAGCCGCGACCCCGGCUACCCCCCUCUGGACAGCCCCCGCAUGGCCACCAUCCAGGAGGACCCCAGCUUCGACUCGCACCUGGACCAGGAGGCCCUGGAGGAGGCGUUCUGCCGGCCGGCGGGGUCGACCCAGCGCUCCUUCGAGGACCUGACGGAGAAAAGUGCGACGAGUCGCGGCGGGAAGGCGACGCUGUUCAGACUGCAGAGACAGCAUCGGAUCGACACCAAGGAGACGCAGUGCUGAGAGGACUCACCUGCCUACACCUGCAGAGGCCAGGUAACAGGCAGGUGGAGUCGCCGCUCAGAAGUCCGGUCGUUCUUCUGCUCGUGGAGAACAAAGAGGGGAGCUGCUGCUUUGUGUUCGCAGUAAAACUCAGGUCCGAUCUCGUGUUUGACAGCAGGUUUUUCAGCUGUUUUCCACGCGAUGAAGCGUCACGAUUCCUCGCGCUUUGGCAGAUCAGAAAAACGCCGCUUUUUAUUGUCUACGAAAGAGUCUCCUGUGCGUUCAGAUCCUGGUUUCAGAUCGCAGUCCAGUCCAGGAUCCGUCCUCGCCGUGUUCCUGUUGUUUAAUCGCAAUUUAGAUUGAACGUUUGUGUCAGAGCCGGGUAUCAAACCGCCGUGCAGCCCACAGUGUGGACGAAGCACCGAGUGUCUGAUCAGAUGUUCUCACUUUCAGCCAGCAGGCGUUCAUCAAACAAAGUGAGAACGAGCUGUUUACCUGACAGCGCCAACCGCAUCGUUCCUCUUUCUCUUCUCCAUGCUUACAGUUGAAGAGCGCCCUGCGCUCCUAUUGGUCAACCUCACCCAACUCUGCGCUCCUAUUGGUCAAACAAGUCUUUUUGUCAGGCUCCCACGCUCCGUUCAGCGCCUGAACGCCUCGCAGCCGAUACGAGUCUGAUCCUGGAAUCAGUCGAGUCAUUUAAAAAAAACAAACCUGCAGAUUUUCGAGAGAUUAUAUUCAGAUCUUAUACGGCUGUUUGCGUUUGGAUGAAAUGAAACGUUUUUUCUUGUGUUAAAUGUAAAAAAAACUUUUUUAUAUUUCUCAAAUUAAGCUAUUUAAAUGUAUUUAAACAAGAUACCAAAGUGAUACGCAGAGCUCAACAGACUUAAACAUGACAAUCAUUUGUGUCUAACGGCAGUAAAAUCUCUGUGACUUGAUGCCGUUAAAGAGCCUGUUUCGCUUCCAGCAGCAGAAACUGUUGAACCUUCGGGUAUUUAAAGCCCGACAGAUGGCUUCAGCUGCUUUUCCUCGACUUAACAUAACGGUUCAUUAAAUGUAUCUGUGUUUCGGACUGUUGGGCGGAUAAACCAAGACGUCACCCUGAGCUUCAGACACGUUUCACCGUUUCGUGGACUAAAGGAUUAAUUGAUUGCGGCCCUAAAGGCCAAACCGCACUGAAAGCCGAUGGCACGCAUUUUAAAACGCAGCAGUUGUUGUUUUGUGGUUCGAAAACCAGAAAAGCCAGCGGGUUUCGAUUCACGCUGCUGUAAACAACCUGUUUGUGUUUGCAGACUGUAACAAGCUGCUGUUACACUGAAUACUGGAGCCCGACGAGCCCGACACACAGCUACAUUUGUCGUCUGAUCAGCGACGAGAAGUUAAUGUCAGAUUGUAUUUUUUUUAAGGAUCCUUUCAAAAAUGUUUGUUCAUGACGUCAUUAUCCAAUUAUUUUUUUAAAAAUCUCAAGUAUCUGGAGGGAGUCUGGUUGGAAAAACACGAAUCGUCAUUCCCCACUUCUGCUCAUGUGGAAAGAUUAAAAUACUUUGGGAGGAUAUGUAGUACGUUUAGCCUUUUAGGUCUCCGAUAACAGAAGAAGUGAUUAGAUGCGACUUGUAUCUCUGUGAUUUAAAAACUGCUAUAAAACUUAAGCAACAGGUGGGAAAUGUUUAAUCUACGUUUCGCAGAAAAUGGGAGAAAUGCGUCACCUUCAAGCCUCAAACAACAGGACGCUCUCGCAUCUGGUUAAAGUUGAGGACGAUAAGAAAUGUAAACCACGCUUGGUUCUGUUGUGAAACAUCUUUAACGCCACUUAAACAAACUAAACCAUUUAAAUAUCGGCCGCGACCCUGACAGUGUUCGUGCUUUGCUGAGCUACACGACUCUUUGUGCAACAAACACGAGCAUCUUUCUAUGGAAGUCCAUUUCUGCCAAAUAAAGUCAGUUUUAAUUAUAUUAGAGUAGAUUAGUCCAUUAAUUGAUUAAAUCGAUCGACAGAAAAUUAAUCAGCCACUAUUUUGAUAAUCGACUAAUCAUUUAAGUCAUUUUCAAGCAAAAAACCAAACCAAACGUCAGUCAAAAACCGAGGUAUUUAAAGCCGUUUUCAUCGUGGGAGAACUGUUUAUUUUGAUGAAAUCUGUUUUAUUUUUUAUGUGUUUGUGAUUAAGUCUUGUGUCGUAAGUCAGACGGUUUUUUAAAUCUUUUUAUUUUUUAAACGGCAGUCAGUCAGGACUCCGCACGCCUUCUCUUCCUCUGUGGUAUUCAAAUGCAGUCGUCAGUAUUUUUAAUAUUGCGUUUUAAUGAUGCGUCGUUAUACGCAGGUGGUCGUGUGCCAUGUUCUGUUACGUUCACAGAGUAUUGAUCCAUUUAAAGGUGUAACAGGUUUGUGUGUUUCGUGUCACUGUGUUUACCUGUCGGUCAGUCUGCUGUUUCAAAAUAAAAUGUUUUACUGUUUUACUGAAAAGUCUGUUUCUGAACGCUAAGAAAUGCAUUUAUUGUUGAAUAAUUGUGUGAUACGUUUUCUAAUCUGCUGUCGUCAGAGUGGAACUAAAGAAACGAUAUUUAUUUAGUUAAGCUGCAGCAAAGAGAAACCUACUGGAGUUUUAAAUUUGAUGCCUUUUGUAUUUCUGGGUUAGAACGAGGAAAAAGAUUAGAAACUUUCCUAACUGCAUUUAUUGAUGGGACUGCGUCAUAUGAUUUGUAUGAUCAUUAUUUCUUUAUUUUUAUAUUCAUAUUUCUAUGUCUCUGUGUUCUCUGUAUCUGUAUCUAACUUUAUUAUGUGAUGCAAUGUUGUUUAUUUGCGGUACAUGUUCGAUUUAGAGAACCAGGUGUCUGUUUUUACCUUUUCCGCCCUGUGAGGUCAGAACUGGUCGACGUGGUAACCAAUAUGGCCGACUAAAUAAAGGCUUUUAAUAAAACGUC